AUGGAGUCAGCUACUUUGAGUAGAAGGAUGGUCCGAUGGCAAAUUAUUCUUUCCAAAUUCGACAUAGUUUAUGUGAGUCAAAAGGCUGUGAAAGGGAGUGCAAUAGCAGAAUUUCUAGCCAGCAGAGCUUUGGAAGAUUAUGAGCCUUUGAACUUUGAUUUCCCAAAUGAAGAUCUAAUGUAUGUGGCAGCUGCCGAAGAGGACACCUCAGAAGAUCAUCCAUGGAAACUGAAUUUUGACGGAGUAUCAAAUGCCGUUGGUAAUGGAAUUGGGGCAUUCUUGAUAUCCCCAACUGGAGAUCAUUAUCCAUUCACUUGCAAAUUGGAUUUUAAUUGCACGAAUAAUAUGGAAGAGUACGAAGCAUGUAUCAUGGGAAUCCGUGCAGCCAUCGAAUGUAAAAUUAAAGUGUUAGAGGUGUAUGGGGAUUCUGCACUGGUGAUUUAUCAUCUCAAAGGUGAGUGGGAGACAAGAGACCCAAAGUUGAUCAACUAUCGAGAGCUAGUUUGGGAUCUAAUUAAGGUGUUUGAUGAUAUCACUUUCUUUUAUCUCCCGCGAGACGAAAACUAG